CAUAGUGAACACUGCACUUUCAUGAUGACGCACUAAACAUUCAACCACAUGUCAAUAUGAGCAACUUCGGGCAGAUCAUAAAGGAGGUUGGAGAGUUUGGUUUAUUUCAGAAACGUUUAGUCGCUGCAUUAUGCAUUUGCAGCAUCUUUGCUGCUUUUAAUGCGAUAGGUCAGGUGUAUAUAGCCGUUAGCUUCCCACAUCACUGCAACACUGACUGGAUCUUGGAGCGUGGGUCCAACCUGACUGAUGAGAGACAAAGAAAUCUCACCCUCCCUGUGAACAAGGAUGGAAGGUUUGAAAGCUGUAAAAUGUUCACACCUGUGGAUUUGGAUUUGGAAGCCAUUGAAGCAUAUGGGAUUAAUAGUACAACUGGAUGCAGAGAUGGAUGGGACUACAAGGCACCAGAAGGUGCUUCCAGCAUUGUGACAGAGUUUGAUCUUGUUUGUGACAAGAGUGGUUUUGUUGAGGCAUCACAGUCCAUCUACAUGGCGGGUGUUCUGGUUGGUGCGCUGGUCGUCGGGGCAGUUUCUGACAGGUUUGGACGACGCAUAACAAUCCUACUCACCCUCACUUUACUUCUGCUGUUUUCUGUGGGUUCUGCGUUCUCACCAAAUAUCUAUGUCUACAUGGUCCUACAUUUUUUUUGUGGGGCUACAGGAGGCGUCAUUUUAAUCAACACAUCUGUGAUGGCGGUGGAGUGGACCGGUCCGUCUAAGAAUGCUCUUUGCACGUGGAUGAUUCUUACACACGUUUCUGUUGGACUGAUGCUGUUGUCUGGUAUUGCAUAUUUAAUUCACAACUGGAGGAUCCUGCAGCUCGUGCUCUUCAGCCCUGUUGUCCUACUUGUGGGAUUCCAUUACUGGUUCCUCCCAGAGUCAGCUCGUUGGCUCAUGGCCCACGGCAGGAAGGAGGAGGCCCUAAACUUGCUUCAGAGGGCAGCCAGGGUGAAUGGGAGGAUGAUCUCAGAUGAUCUGCAAGAUAAAUGUGAGAUGGAGGGUACAUCUGAAAGAGGAAACGUGUUGGACCUCUUCCGGAUUUCAUAUUUGAGAAAACGCACUCUCCUAAUGGGCUUUAACUGGUUUUCAGCCAGUCUGCUAUAUUAUGGACUGAGCCUGAAUGUUCGUGGUUUUGGUCUGAAUCUCUUCCUCACGCAGUUCAUCUUUGGUCUCAUUGAAAUUCCUGCAAACCUAAGUGCUUUGGCUUUGAAUCAACAUUUUGGAAGGAGAAUGUGUCAAUCGGGUUACCUGCUCUUUGGGGGUGCAGCUUGCCUCUUAAUCCCUGCUAUUCCAAAUGAUCUUCCAGUGGUGUCAACAAUCAUAGCUGUAAUGGGAAAAUUUGCUGGAACUGCCUCUUUCACCACAGCCUAUGUUUACACUCCAGAAUUAUACCCAACGAUUUUAAGGCAGAAUGGUGUUGGUUUUAACUCAGCAUGUGCUCGUGUGGCGGGCUUCCUCGCUCCCCUUUUCCGGCUCCUGGAUGUCUAUCAUUACAGCAUCCCCAUGCUGAUAUAUGGCAUCUGCCCCUUAAUUGCUGGGGGUUUGUGUUGGCUACUGCCUGAAACCCUCAAUGUUCAACUUCAAGAACACACUACUGAGCUGAAAAAACCAGUGAAUGAAUCUAUAGAGGAACGGACACAUUGCUGAACAACUCACUCAAGAGCUGGAAUUUGAAAUUCAAUUAUAAUCAAGAGUUCAAAGUUUGGUUUGUUCCUUAUCUAUUACCAGGUAUAAAAUGGUAUCAAGUGCAGUCUUUGCUUUAUUAACAACAUUUUUUUAAAUGAAGUAAUUAAACUCUUGGGUAAUGACGGUUACAACAUUUUAAAGUGUUUUUUAAAUUUCAUUUUUAAGUGUUGUUUUAGUUGUUUUUCAGAGACAGAGUAGCGAAGAUAAAAGAAAAGUUAACUAAAGUAUAUCCAUCCUUAUUUGGCAAUAGUUGCUUGCCUUGCAAGUAGCCGGACAUCUGCAGUUUUUCUUUUGGUUGUCUAUAUUUGGUUUAUGAAACCCAAGUCUCUAUACACCUUCAUAUGUUUAUGUAGGUUUGGGCUGGUUUGUAAGCAUCUUACUGCCAGUACCACCACUUCUCUUGUCUGUCUGCAUGAAGCUCAUUGUAUGAAUGUUGCUGUGUUAAAGGUUCCAUAUUAAUAAAGUUUGCAACAUUGUCUCAUUGUACUGCUCGUUUUAUUGCCAAAUGUACUGGCACAUCUUAGAAUUUUGCUUGGUUUAAAGAUUAAUUAAAUUGCAUUGAAUGGGACUAAAGGAGAAUAGAUAAUGUGACGAACAACUUUUAAUAAUUAAAUACGUACAUAUUUAUAAAAAUGAAAAUGAUUAUUUAUAAAGAGUAAUAAUAGUAAUACAGAUUAUGAAACUACUACUACUACUACUACUACUACUACUAAUAAUAAUAAUAAUACAAAAUAUAGUAAAAGUAAUAACAUUACAUGACAAUGCAUGCCUGUAUGAAAUUCAUUGUUACAAGAAUGUUGUGUCAGGUUGUCUCAGUAUUUAUUAGAAAUGUUGCAGACCUGGGGUAGAUCUUGUGGAAUGACAUCCAUGAGAACAACAAAGCACAAAAUAGAGGCCAAGUGAAUGGGCCUCUUUAUUAUUAUCUGUAUUGACAGAACUAUCCCAAUGCAUUCUGCAAUUUGACCAUUAAUGGUGCACUAUUCGGUUUUGAGAAGAAAUCUAAUCUCAGAAAAUUCUUUGAAAAAGUCAUCCAUUGAACCACUCUAGGGUCGAUGGAUGGAUUUAAAAAAUAUAUUUUUUUAUUACUUAGAAGGGCCCGAUUUUGUAAAGAUGACAGCAUCAUCUUUACAUGCUGCCUGUAUUUCUUUAAGAAAAUAAUGCCAUGGGCAGAGUAAACAUGAUGCUCUGCUUCUGUUUAGUCUGUGUGGUUUUCUUUCUUUCUUUCUUAUUUCUCCAUAUUUGGACAUUUGUGUUAAUUUUUCAUGUUGAUUGAAAACUUAGAUGUAAACAGCAGAAAAAUUACAUAAUAAUGCAAACUUAAAAUUAUUUACAUGAUAUACAGUGCUUCCAUAAAUGAAUAAGCACACGGUCCUCAGAGUGUAAUUCGGUCCCCAGAAUGCUGCAUUAAGCGAGAAUGGUGGUUACUUAGUUUUGAAAAGAUAACAGUAUCAUCUUUAUACUGCCUGUAGCAUUAAUGAUUUCUUAAAAUUAAUGAUUUCUUAAAAUCACUAAUGCUAAUGGAAGUGUAAAGAUGAUGCUGUCCUUCUGUUAAGUCUGUGUGAUCGUUUUCUUUCUUUCAAUCUUUCUUUAUUUUUUAUUUCUCUUUAUUUGUACAUUUGUGUUCAUUUUUCAUGUUGAUUGAAACACUAAGACUUAAACAACAGAAAAAUUAUAUAAUAAUACAAAAUCAAAAUUAUUUACAUGAUAUACAGUGCUUCCAUAAAUGAAUAAGCACACGGUCCUCAGAGUGUAAUUCGGUCCCCAGAAUGCUGCAUGAAGCGAGAAUGGUGGAUUUUUCUCCUCUAAUUAGAAAAUGUACUCCACAAAACUACACAGUGCACCGUUUACUUAAUCAUAUAAGUAAAAUGUUGUGUUUUCUUUUCAUUCUUCUGUUAUCCCAGUUAAAAUAUCAUUUACAGAACCAUUUGUAUCCACAAAUUAAGAUGAUAAAAACUUGUUGACUGUAAUUAUUAGUUUUUGUAAAUGUGAACUAAAAAAAGCAGAAGACAAUUUAAUUAUCAAAGUAUCAAACUGACAGUAUGAGUUAUCUUACAAACAAUCAUUGCAUUUACAUUAUUGCUUUUAUAUAUAUUUUUUU